ACUGGCAGUACGGUGGCUAACUUUGAACCUCGCAGACGUGCCACCUCAGCCACCGCAGCAAAUCGAACCCUUUACAUCGGAUCGGGAAAUAUUACAAAAUCAAUCGUAAAUCUGUUGUGUUUUUUGGUGCCAGUGCGAAAAGAUAAAAGCGAAAAUCGAGAAAUAUGCGAUAUUUUCUCAUUGGCCUGGUGUUUCUGGCCCUAGUUUGGGUGGAAGUGGAUGGAGGACUGGUGCGGGUGCGCCGGAUCCGGAGGUUGGUGGGCGGCGACGAGCGGGAUGCCCAGAUAACGGACUUCCGGGUCUCGCCAUCGGACGACGAGGGCGUGUUCAAGUACGCCUUCAAGACCAGCAACGGCAUCGAUGUCCAGGCGGCGGGAUCGCCCCUGGAAACCAUUGGCAUCUACAGCUACACCUCGCCCGAGGGCGUGCCCAUCGAGACCCGCUACAUAGCCGACGAGCUGGGCUUCCAUGUGGUGGGUCGACAUCUGCCGCAGCCACCGCCCACGCCGGACUAUAUCCUGCGAUCCUUGGAAUACAUACGCACCCACACCGAGGACGGCAAGCUGAAGAAGCCGCAAUUCUUCUGAGCUUCCUGUACGAUCCCAUCCACCAUCAUGUCCACCAUACACAUCGAUUUGGAUGCAAGUGUCCAAGAAGAAGGCUGAAAAUACCACAUAGCAUGUACUAAUCAUCAACUAACUUAGCAUUGUAAGACCCCAGACCUAGACUAAGUUGUUGCUAGUUGUUGUAAGCGCUCCGAAAUGCGCAAAUGUUCUUCGCUUCGCGCCAAAACCUUGGGGCUGUUCUGCUUGGGCUAUAAAUCAAUCCAUCCAUUGAUUCCUUGGCGGCGUGAAUUAAUGGUCUUUGUGCCCAUAAAGAGCAAACAAAGGCACGCCCAAGCACAAAAUCUGUGAAGCUCGGGUGACCCCAACGAAUUCUAGCUUGUUAUCCCAUUAACUGCUAACAGCUUUAUUUGUCUGCGAGUCUGAUUAAAAUUUACGUCUAUUCUCAGAUAUGGAAAUUUGAAAACUGGAUGGAAAUCAGUCGCGGUUCUGUUUGCCAACCUUUCGAUGACUUAAUAAUAAACGGUAAAUUCUUUCCGGGUAACAACCCAUCUCCAAAAAGCGACGAAGAGCUUUUGCAAAAUUUCGAAACAAGUUCGGCUAGCUCGAAUUUAAAUACGACCUAACAUAUUUUUAAAGCGAAUUAAACCAUGCAAAUUGCGAAAACA